CGCCCAUCAGUAGAGAGGGAGUCAGGAACUGGAACUGUGCCCAAGGUUAAGGAAAGAUAUGAGUUAUGAGACUGGACUAUUCACAGCAAACGUGAGACCACAGAAAUGUGUACUAAAACUUCCCACUACAACAGACGAUAACCUGCGUUUUGCUCUAUGCUGCUCGUUCCCGGAGACUACGCGGCGCUUUUUGAAGCAAAUGUAGCUUUUUUCUAUAAGCGCCGUUGUCGGACAGCGAGUUGAGCUAGCACGCUGCUAGCUAGCAAGUUGACUUGAGUGACAGGCUAUAGUGACGGGGGGAGAAAAAAAAGUGCUCCGUUUGGGUCGAAAGGCACCGAGAAUUUAGGACAACACUCCAGAAAACGUCGGCGGUCUUUCUUUUUGUGGAUGAACAUUUCUACAGGAGGUUUGUGUGAUUUUGCCAAAAUGCAGCAUCAUCAGCAGAGGAUGGCAGCUUUAGGGACGGACAAAGAGCUGAGCGAUUUACUCGACUUCAGCGCGAUGCGAAACAGCGAUUUGAAAACGUUCCCAACAUCAAUGAUGUUUUCUCCUCCGGUUAGCAGUGGGAAAAAUGGACCAACCUCACUGGGAAGUGGGCACUUCUCCGGCUCAACUGUGGAAGACAGACUGAGCUCAGCGUCCUGGGGAAAUGGCAGCCGCAUAACAAAGAUUUACGUUGACGGCUCUCAAUACUCGCACAUGGCCGGCCGGGACUUGGGGUCACAUGAUGGCAUCUCACCUCCUUACGUGAACUCUAGACUGGCAGGUAAAACAGAAAGAGCAUCAUACUCGUACAGUCGUGACUCGAACCUACACGGGUGCCAUCAGCAGCAGAGCAUCAUGGGAGGCGAGAUGGGAAUGGUGAGUCCCGGGACAGUUUCCCCUACUAAACCAGGCUCUCAGUAUUAUCAGCACUACAGCAGCAACCAACGGCGAAGACCACUACACAGCGACUCUAUGGAGGUCCAGACAAAGAAAGUGCGCAAAGUUCCUCCUGGCCUGCCCUCAUCGGUAUAUGCACCGCCUGCCAGCACUGCAGAUUAUAACCGAGACUCGCCGGGUUAUCCAAGCUCUAAAGCACCCAGUGGCAGCUUCCCCACCUCCUUUUUUAUGCCAGAUGGUCAUCACAGUACAGACCCAUGGAGCUCCUCCAGUGGUAUGAAUCAGGCAGGUUACAGUGGAAUGCUGGGAAAUUCCUCCCAUGGCCCCCAGAGCAGCAGCUACUGUGGCCUGCACCCACAUGAGAGACUUAGUUACCCGUCACACUCCUCGGCUGAGAUUAAUCCCAGUCUUCCUCCAAUGUCCACUUUCCAUCGCAACAAUGGCACAAAUCUCUACAGCGCUGCGUCCUGCACAGCGACCACAAAUGGAACAGAUAGCGUUAUGGCUAAUCGAGCACCAAGUGGAGCAGGAAGCAGCUCACAGACUGGAGAUGCAUUAGGAAAGGCCCUGGCUUCGAUCUACUCUCCUGAUCACACCAACAACAGUUUCUCCUCAAACCCCUCAACUCCAGUGGGCUCUCCACCCUCACUCACAGCUGCAAGUUCAGCUGUUUGGUCCAGAAAUGGUCAGGGAGCCUCAUCCCCAAACUACGAGCCUCCGAUUCACUCACUGCAGAAUCGUAUAGAGGAUCGUCUGGAGAGACUGGAUGAUGCGAUUCACGUCCUUCAGAGGCACGCGGUUGGUCACAGCGACCUGCAUGGCCUCAUCACGCCAUCACACACGCACUCACAUUCACAUACACACUCGCACUCGCACAACCACAACGGAGCCAUGGGCACCCUGAGCUCCAGCUACGGCACCAGCCUGCUCCCAUCCAACAGACACUCACUCAUGGUGGGGUCUCAUCGUGAGGAGGGAGUAGGGUUGCGUAGUGCUCACUCCAUUGUGCCCAAUCAAGUGCCCGUUCCUCAGCUGCCAGUUCAGUCUGCCACCUCGCCAGAUCUCAAUCAGCCAGAUCCAUACCGGGCGCUCUCCAGUGGACUGCAGGGCCAGAGCACCUCUUCAGUGAGCUCAGACAUUAAAUCAGAGGACGAGGGAGAUGAGAACCUGCAGGACAGCAAAAGUCUGGACAUCAAGAAGGAGGACGCAGACAGCAAGGAGCUGAAAGCUAUUGAAAGCAACAAUGAUGAUGAGGAUCUGACUCCGGAGCAGAAGAUCGAGCGUGAGCGUGAGAGACGGAUGGCAAAUAACGCAAGAGAGCGCCUGCGUGUGCGAGACAUUAACGAGGCAUUUAAGGAGCUCGGGCGCAUGGUGCAGUUGCACCUGAAGAGCGAUAAACCGCAGACCAAACUGCUCAUCCUGCACCAGGCCGUCGCCGUCAUUCUCAGUCUCGAACAGCAGGUUCGAGAGAGGAACCUGAAUCCGAAAGCAGCAUGUCUAAAAAGGCGAGAGGAGGAGAAAGGGUCCUCAGAUGCCCCGCCCCUCUCAAUGGGUGGAGCUCACCACAGCAUGGGCGACGCCUCCAAUCCAAUGGGACAAAUGUAAAAAGCUACAUCUCCUCCCUAAAAUGAUCAAAGCUGCCAGACUUUAUGAAAAUGAUGAGCGACCACUUCCUUUGACGACAUCAUUUCCUCUCCUGAAAGUCUGUAAACAAUCAACUAUGACCAGAUCAAUCAAUCAAUCAAUCAGAUUUCUGAUGAGUCACCUUAUUUUGUUCAUUCCUCUCCAUAUGAUCCCUUAUGUUUCUUUUUUCUUUUAUUUUAUUAUUAAACAUAAUAACCUUACAUAUGCAUUGGCUAUUGGGGGAAAAAAAAAAAAUUCUUCUUUCUCUCCUUUUCAACAUUCCCAGUUACACACACACACACAACAACAAAAAAGGAACAGUAAAUAUUUCUUUUCUUUUCAUUUCUUUUAUUUUGAAUAUGUGCAAACGGUUGGGGGAUUCUUCAAACAUAUCAUGAUGUAAAAAGAGCCGUCCUGGUUUUUUUACCGGCAAUCUAUUUUUUUUUUUUUUUUUUUUUCGUACCGUGAACAGGAAACAAAAAAAAAAAAUCUCUCUCUCGCGCUUUUCUCUUUCUGAGCGAGUAGAUUUGUAUUAUGGUUUCUCGGCACAGAGGGAGAAAUUUAGCCACAACAACAGUGUACAAUUUCACAAAAAGGUGUAAAAACUUGCAAUAACACUCAUUUUAAAAAAUAUACAUAUAUAUAUAUAUAUAUAUAUUAAAAAAAAGUGUACUUCUAGCACAGCGGUUCGAGGGGAUGCCACUGUGUGUUUUAAAAAAAAAAAAAAAGGCGUGUGGGACAUGAGAUGACAUUUUAACCAGCAAACUCCCAGAGAGACGGAGAUUUUAAACAACUUCUAAGGUCAUUCCAGCACAUUGAACAGAUUUUACCUUACAGAAUGGCGAACUAUUGCAGAGAAUAUGCUUUGCUUUUCAGAGGUGUAGAUAAUGCUAUAGUGCAGACGCUGAUCUCUCUCCUUACAUGUCGGAAAUGGCCACAUCCAUGUGAUCGAAAAUCACCGAACCUAACCAGUCUUUUUGUUUGUUUUUUUAUUUGAUUUUUUUUGGUGUUAGUUUGUUUUCCUUUUUGACCCAUGUCUCUCUCUUUUUCUCUCUCUCUCUCUCACUCUCUCCCUUCUCUGUCCUUUCCCCCUUGUCAUGCCCCCAGCAAAUGCAAUUUUAAACACGCUACACUUGUACCAACGUGCCUUUUAGAGUUCAUAUCAUCACACAGUGCGAGAAGGACGUUAUCAGAAACAUUUUUUUAGGAUGCAAGCUUAGGGAGAAUUGUUAGUCAUUAGGUCUAUGCAGUCAGGUGUUUUACAGCCUGGGAUUUAAAAAAAGUCAAAAGGAAAAAAAACGUAUUUUUUGGAUAAACUGUAUUUAAUGUACUGUAUGCCUAUAUGUAAUUAGAAGGCGUGUCCUGGACAAAGUAUCGUGUGUAUAUAUAUAUAUAUAUAUAUAUAUAUAUAUAUAUAUAUAUAUAUAUAUAUAUAUAUAUAUAUAACGAUUCUUAGUCCUGCCCCAAGUUCACCUUAAACCCCACUCUCCCUUAAAAGCUCACAGUUUCCAUUGACACGUCUGUUAUCGAGCGUUGUAUUAUAGCUUAUUACCUGCUUUUUAUGAAUAUUGGCUUGUCCGUGAGCCGCUGUAGUCUUCAGUACAAAUGUGUUGUUGUAUGUGUAAAAAAAUGACUCUUCUUUUUUUAAAAAAAAAAAAAAAAUCUUUAUCUUUGUCUGUUUUUGGGUUCUGUUUAAAAAAAAAAAAAAAGGAAAAAAAAAAGAAAAAGAAAGAAAGAAAAAAAGGGGAAAAAACGUGUACAGCCGUAUGAGAUUUAACAGCGGCUCCUGCUUUCUUUUUUUUUUUCUGUGUUUUUUAUUAUUAUUUUUAUUUUUCUUCUUCUUCUCCAAUCAACACGAGGCACUGAAACUGGAAAAAAAAAAUUUUAUUAGAAAAAUCAAUAUAUAUAAAUGUAGAAAUAUAUACGAUAUAUUACAAAAAAAAAAGUGUUGUUUUCAAAAGGAGAGAUUGAUGCAGAAUGGUUUCUGUUCUUUUUUGGGUUUUUGUUUUUUCUUUUUUUUUUUUUUCCUGAAGAGCUCAAGAGUGUUCAUUUUUCGAUGCGAGCGAGACGCGAUCCGACGUGUCGUGCGACAGUACGGAAGCCUCUGCAGGACAAAAAAAAAAAAAAGAAGAAGAA